GCGAAGGGGGCGGGGCCCUGGCGCGGGGCGGCCAAUGGCGGGGGUGGCUGCGUGGGUCGCCAUGGGGACGGGGCUGUUCCCGAGGAGGCUGUGAUGGGUUGACAGGUGCGUGACAGUGGGAGCUGCUCUCGGCACAAGCAUGUACGGCAAAGGCAAGAGUAACAGCAGCGCCGUCCCGUCCGACAGCCAGGCCCGGGAGAAGUUAGCACUCUACGUAUAUGAAUAUCUGCUCCAUGUAGGAGCUCAGAAAUCGGCCCAAACAUUUUUAUCAGAGAUAAGAUGGGAAAAAAACAUCACACUGGGCGAGCCACCGGGAUUCUUACAUUCUUGGUGGUGUGUAUUUUGGGAUCUCUACUGUGCAGCUCCAGAAAGACGGGAAACAUGUGAACAUUCAAGUGAAGCAAAAGCCUUCCACGAUUAUAGUGCUGCAGCAGCUCCCAGUCCAGUGCUAGGAAACAUUCCCCCAGGAGAUGGCAUGCCAGUAGGUCCUGUACCACCAGGGUUCUUUCAGCCUUUUAUGUCACCUCGGUACCCUGGAGGUCCAAGGCCCCCAUUGAGGAUACCUAACCAGGCACUUGGAGGUGUCCCAGGAAGUCAGCCAUUGCUCCCCAGUGGAAUGGACCCAACUCGACAACAAGGACAUCCAAAUAUGGGUGGGCCAAUGCAGAGAAUGACUCCUCCGAGAGGAAUGGUGCCCUUAGGACCACAGUCUGACCCUUGGUUAUCAUUACAGAACUAUGGAGGUGCAAUGAGACCCCCACUGAAUGCUUUAGGUGGCCCUGGAAUGCCCGGAAUGAACAUGGGUCCAGGUGGUGGCAGACCUUGGCCAAACCCAACAAAUGCCAAUUCAAUACCAUACUCCUCAGCAUCUCCUGGGAAUUAUGUAGGUCCUCCGGGAGGUGGAGGGCCACCAGGAACACCCAUCAUGCCUAGUCCAGCAGAUUCAACCAACUCUGGAGACAACAUGUAUACUUUAAUGAACGCAGUACCUCCUGGACCUAACAGGCCUAAUUUUCCAAUGGGCCCUGGUUCAGAUGGACCCAUGGGUGGAUUGGGAGGAAUGGAGUCACAUCACAUGAAUGGCUCUUUAGGCUCGGGAGAUAUGGACAGUAUUUCCAAGAACUCUCCCAAUAAUAUGAGCCUGAGUAAUCAACCGGGCACUCCAAGGGAUGAUAGCGAAAUGGGGGGAAAUUUCUUAAAUCCUUUUCAGAGUGAGAGUUAUUCCCCUAGCAUGACAAUGAGUGUGUGAUCCAUUACCAAGUCUCCUCAUGAAAACCACAGUGAGUCAGCCCUUCACAGAACUACUAGGGAAGAACAUUAUUCAUCACAGUGUACAGUUAAACAAAGGAAUCUCAGUCACACCAAACCAACCUUUUUCUUUCCUGCUCUCUCCCCUAUUUUGUGAAGAAAGCGGGUCCAAACGUGAUUUAAACAACUGUACAGAGCGGCAUAUGAGCGUUGCCCUGAAACGAACUGCAAAUCAUUAUCUGUGUAUGUAUAUGUGUGGGAAAGAGGAUGUAUUGUAUAUGUGUAUGUUAUAUGGACAUAUACACAUGCAUACAUUGGCCCACAGGACAUUGUAAAAUACUAUCACAAUGACAUCUUACGUAGAAAUGAGUAGGGACUUUUAUUCCAUCCUUUUUUUUUUUCCUUUCACGUUUACAUUUUAAUUAUUAAAAGUUGCUCCUGCCCCUCCCUGAGCUAUUUUGUGCUGUGUAUAUCACUGCUUUACAUAAGUUAUUUUUUAAGGUGAACUCAGAUGUUAUGGUUUUGUAAAUGUCUGCAAUCAUGGAUAGGAAUAAAAUCGCUUAUUUGAGAGCUUUCAUUAAA